AUGACCACGGUUGAUCACAAAGCAGUGCUGAUCGUUAUUGACGGCUGGGGUAUUGCUGGCCCUGACUCCCGUCCCGAUGGAGACGCUAUCGCUGCAGCUAACGCCCCGGUCAUGUCCUCGUUCGCGGACUCCAAUUCAAAAACUGCACAGGGCUAUACCGAGCUCGAUGCUUCCUCCCUCGCCGUGGGCCUCCCAGAAGGCCUCAUGGGAAACAGUGAAGUGGGUCAUCUGAAUAUUGGCGCUGGGCGUGUGGUCUGGCAAGAUGUUGUACGCAUCGACCAAACCCUGAAGAAUGGAGAUAUGAACAAGACCGAGAACAUCGUCAAAACGUUCCAGAAAGCGAAAGAUGGCAAUGGGCGAUUGCACCUCCUUGGCCUCAUCUCUGAUGGCGGUGUCCAUUCUCACAUCAACCAUUUAUUCGGGCUACUACAGGUGGCUAAGGAAAUGAAGAUUCCCAAGGUCUUUAUCCAUUUCUUUGGGGAUGGGAGAGAUACGGAUCCUAAGAGUGCAGCUGGGUAUAUGCAGCAAUUGCUUGACAAGACCAAAGAAUUGGGUGUUGGCGAGUUGGCGACCGUGGUAGGCAGAUAUUUUGCUAUGGAUCGCGAUAAGAGGUGGGAUCGUAUCGAGAUUGCUUUGCACGGGCUUGUUACUGGUGAAGGAGGGGAAGAGUCCACAGACCCAGUCCAGACCAUCAAUGAGAGAUAUAAGAAAGGAGAAAAUGACGAGUUCUUGAAGCCAAUUAUUAUUGGAGGAAAGGAGAGAAGAAUUCAAGGUACAAUUCACGCUUCUCCCACCCCUGCUGUAUUUCACAUCUGCUUACCUAGAUCUAAAGACAAUGACACACUCUUCUUCUUCAACUACCGCUCGGACCGUGUGCGGGAAAUAACCCAGCUCCUCGGGGACGUCGACCGUUCCCCCAAGCCAAACUUCCCUUACCCCAAAAACAUCUCAAUCACAACUAUGACCCAAUAUAAAACUGACUAUAAAUUCCCCAUCGCUUUUCCCCCUCAGCACAUGGGCAACGUUCUCGCGGAAUGGCUGGGCAAGCAAGGCCUCAAACAAUGCCACAUCGCCGAGACAGAGAAAUACGCUCAUGUCACUUUCUUCUUCAACGGCGGCGUUGAGAAGCAGUUCCUCGGCGAAGAGCGGGAGUUAAUCCCGUCUCCAAAAGUAGCAACCUAUGACCUCGACCCGAAAAUGAGUGCUGCUCCUGUGGCAGAUAAGCUUGCUGAGCGUAUUUGUGAGAAUAAAUUUGAGUUUUUGAUGAACAAUUUCGCCCCGCCGGAUAUGGUGGGCCAUACUGGAGUGUAUGAAGCUGCCGUUGAGGCUGUGACGGCAACGGAUAAGGCUAUUGGGAGAGUGUUUGAAGCUUGCAAGCAGCACGGAUAUAUCCUUUUCGUCACGGCUGAUCAUGGAAACGCCGAGGAGAUGAAGAACGCUGAAGGAACGCCCAAGACGUCACAUACGACUAACAAAGUCCCUUUCAUCAUGGCCAACGCGCCAGAGGGUUGGAGCUUGAAGAAGUCCGGUGGAGUUUUGGGCGAUGUCGCACCGACCAUCCUCGCAGCCAUGGGCGUCGAACAACCUAAGGAAAUGACAGGACAUAGCCUUCUUGUCAGGACUUAG